CAUGACUGACGUACUCAGAUCUCUCGAGGGUGGGUGGGGUGUGACGUUGCCGCCGGCGGCGACGUUGCCCCGGGCGUGUUGAGCGGCUGAGCGUCGGGCUCCCCGAAAGUGGCAUGAAGAUGAAAAGACACAGCUCUGUUUCUGAAGACAUUGAAUUUAUUUUCACCCCACUAGUAGUUCUGGAACUUGCGAAAGACACAAACGACAAGGCAAUAGAAUGGUUCACUCAAAGAAUCAAAGAGAAAAAGCACCUGGGUGGAGCCCACUUGAAAAUUAAACCUAUGGAUGACCAAGCUGGAAACUCUCAAGUAUAUCUUCUUGGAGCAUCUUGGAGAAGGUUAUUGGUGGGAGCGGAAGCCCUGGGUUUAGUUAAAGAGUAUCAGGAUGGGUCUAUGAGAGCCUUUACUUACCAGAACAAAGAAGACUACAAAUACUUUUCAGGUGACAGCUAUGAUUUUCUAACAAUGGCCGAACGUCAGUACAUUAUCAAACGUGAAUUAGAAAAUCUGAGGGCAAUAGAUGAAACUAUGGUUCCUGGUCACCCACAAGCAAAACUGUAUCCUGGGAAAUCAAUCAUUCGCCGUUUACAAACCAGUGGACUUCUCCUUCAGCUUUAUCCACUGCAUAAUAAAAUAGAAUUGGAAAAGCUCAGCAGCAUCUGGUAUAAGCGCUUUCAUGUUGCCUUGCAGCCACUCAAUGACAUCGAUAAAUAUUUUGGACAGAACAUUGCACUCUAUUUUGCAUUUUUGGAGUAUUUCACCAUUGCCUUGUUUCCAAUGGCCCUAAUUGGAGUGCCUUACUAUAUCUUUGCUUGGGAAGAUUAUGAUAAGUAUAUAAUAUUUGCCACCUUCAACCUCCUGUGGUCGACCAUUGUCCUGGAAGUGUGGAAACGUUGGUGCGCUAAACUUUCCUACAAUUGGGGGACGCUGUUGAUGAAGAGAAAGUUUGAAGAACCUCGGCCUGGUUUUCAUGGACAAUUGGGACUAAACCCAGCAACCGGGAGAAAGGAGCCAACCUACCCAAAUUACAAGAGGCAGUUGCGCAUCUAUCUUAUUUCCGUGCCUUUUGUCUGUCUGAGCAUUUACAUCAGCAUUUUUGUUAUGAUGAUCUACUUUCUGAUGGAGGACCUAGCCAGAGUCUAUAAUAAUGAGGUCCAAUCACAUUUUAGCUCCAUCUUGAUAUUUUGCCCCAGUAUAUUUUACGCAGUAGUCAUUGAAGUUAUGAAUCGCAUCUACAAGUAUGCUGCUGAAUGGUUAACCUCUUGGGAAAACCACAGGCUCGAAUCAUCGUAUCAGAAUCAUUUGGUUCUCAAAGUAUUAGUGUUCAAUUUCAUAAACUGUUUUGCAUCCCUCUUCUACAUCGCAUUUGUUCUUCAGGAUAUGAAACUUCUACGGCAGAAUCUGGCUGCCUUACUCAUCACCUCACAGAUACUCAAUCAAUUUAUGGAAUCAGUGCUUCCUUAUUGGUUACAAAAACAUCGUAUCAGAAGGAUCAAGAAGAAACUUCACAUAACAAGUAUAGAAAAACUUCCAUUGGCCGAUCAAAUCCAAAUGCAAGGAGAAAUGGGACAAUAUUUGGGAACAUUUGAUGAUUACUUGGAAUUGUUUCAGCAGUUUGGCUUUGUCAGUCUUUUCUCAUGCGUCUAUCCACUUGCUGCCAUAUUGGCAGUUUUGAACAAUAUCACUGAAGUCUACUCUGAUGCACUUAAAAUGUGCUCCGUCUUUCAACGGCCGUUCUCUGAGCCUGUAGCUGACAUAGGAGUAUGGUUGAUAGCCUUUGAAACAAUGGGAAUUAUUUCGGUGAUGACGAAUUGUGCAUUGAUUGGAAUAUCUCCCCAAAUUAAGGAUCUUUUUCAUACAAAUGGCAUAGAGCUUGUCUUGCUCAUUGUGGCUAUCGAGCAUGCCUUGUUGGCUUUGAAAUUUAUCCUGGCACUUGCUAUCUCUGACAUACCCAGUGAUAUCCGUACCAAAGUGGCCAAGAUGGAAUUUGAGUCCUUGGAGGCAUUCAAGCGAAAGCAAAUAAAGGAAGCUGAUGAAUCAAUGGAAAUGGAAGAGCAACUUGAAAAAACAUGGGAAGGAAAGAAAAAAAUAUGAAGAGAUCUGUGAUUGGCCUUGAGUGGAUUAAGCCAUAUACAAAGAUUAAAAUUUGUAAUAGAUGUGACAUUAUAUUUAGCAGGAAAAUAUCAGCAUGGUGUUAAAUGUAUCCCAUUAAUAGUCUUGCAUGAAUCGAUGUGAUUUUGCAUGAGGAUAAUUUGUUGUGUGGCACAGAACAAAGCAUAUACCAGAACAGGGUGGAGAAAUAUUUGAAAAUUUGAGAUUAACAUUUGAACUACAUCUACCUGGCAUAAUUUUGAUAUAGCUGGAGUAAUUCUCAGUCACUGGUAUUGUGCCACAGUUGAAUGAUAACAUGUGUAUAAAAAUUGCUGUCUUGAACUAUGUAACAAGCUUGGGUUUAAGAGAAAUCCUUGUAUAGAAUACAAUAAAUGAGACUGCACCUCUCGCCCUAUAACUUUCCUCAAAUUGUGCACUAA